GGUGGGCUGAUGUGGGGAACACAGUGGGUGGCCCCCUGCCCAAGUCACCCAGGGUGACUGGGCAGACCUAGAAAUCCAGCAGAUCUGGCCCUUUAGGAAGGGCAGCUGAGCCAUCUAGCUGGAUCAAGCCUUUCUUGAACUCCACCCAGCUGAACCUAGCUUCCCUGAGGAAGGAGAGGGGGAAGCUGCAGAGGGUGUGGCUGAUACUGCUGGGCCCCUGGGAGGCACAGAGGGGCAGGUGCCUCCUGACAGGAAAGGAGGUGCUGGGUGGGGUCACCUCGCUGGGGCAUGGGAGCCAGAUGACUUCACAGGCCUCAGCGAGGCCAGGAAACUGAACCUGAGUGGGGCGGACGGAUGGGGCACUGCAGCCACAGGAUAGAUGUCCACUGAGCAGCUGCCUGGCAGGGCAGGGGCUUGGGUUGGGGUAGACACAGUAUGUGACUUUGGGCCUACUUCCCUUCUGACCCACAGCAGGAGGAGGGCAUAACAGGGAGGGUUUAGAUGGGGUGUGCAGGUGGGGUGUGCAGAUGGGGAACCGAGGCCAAGGAGGGCAGAGGGUCUUUGGAGGCCCUGGGGUGGCUCCAGACCCUGAGACGAGGCCGAGGGGUGGGCGGGGUCUGAAGGACAGUCUGUGAUUUCAGUCCCUGUGAAGAUAAGGGGCUUGGGGCAGAUGGGAGGGUCUAGCUCCCCCCGUGAGACUAGGCCUCCCAUCAGCGCCUCCCAGAGUGGCCCUGUGAUCACUGGGAUUUGAGGCAGGCAAUCUGGAAGCCCCCCACUUGGGCUCAAGAACCCUGCCCUCCCCCCAUUUUUGCAUUGUCACAGAGGCCCUGGAACCAUGAGGUGACUAUUAAGCCCAUUGCAAAGACUGUUCCAGGCUUGAUUGGCGGGAGCAUUUCACUCUACACCUACUGUGUGCAGCUCCAGGGACCCACCAGCGACCAGGAAGGGAGGGCCCAGGUGGAGAGGGGGUGCAGGAGAGGGGGGAGGGGCCUAGAUGACUCAUCCUCCAGGUCCUGGACCCCCUGCUGGCCCCUGUGCCCCACUGGAAGGCCCCAGAUCCUCACAGCAUGAAGCCCUGUCCCUUUAAGCGCACCUGGCAAUACUGACAUUUAUCCAGCUCCUACUGCAUACCAGCUUAAGGCUGAACUGCCUUACAUGGGCUCUCAAAAGACAUUGACUGGGGUCCUGGUGGCAGAGACAACAUCCCAGCAGGAGCGGCUUCAGGCCAUUGCAGAGAAGCGGAGGAGGCAAGCAGAGAUUGAGAGCAGGCGCCGGCAGCUGGAGGACGACCGGCGGCAGCUGCAGCACCUGAAGUCCAAGGCGCUGCGGGAACGCUGGCUGCUGGAGGGGACGCCAUCCUCCGCCUCUGAGGGGGACGAGGACAUGAGGAGGCAGAUGCAGGAGGAUGAGCAGAAGGCACGGUUCCUUGAGGGCUCCAUCUCCAGGUUGGAGAAGGAGAUUGAGGAGCUGGAGAACCCCGAUGCGCUGCCUGCCACCAAGGAGGGCACAGCAGCCCCGAGCCCAGCCCGCGCCCCGGCCCCAGCCCCGCCCCCGGCCCAGGAGGACCAGAAGGCAGAGGUGGUGCUGAAUUCUCGGCAGACACCGGUGGGCACGCCCAAAGAGAAGAGAAUCUCCAACACCCCCAUGAGGAUGGUCGAAGGCUCCACCAUGAUGAAGGCAGCCAUGUACUCGGUGGAGAUCACGGUGGAGAAGGACAAGGUGACCGGGGAGACGCGGGUGCUGUCCAGCGCCACUGUGCUCCCCCGGGAGCGCCUCCCUCAGGGCGUCAAGGUCUACGAGGACGAGACCAAAGUGGUCCAUGCCGUGGAUGGCACUGCGGAGAAUGGGAUCCACCCCCUGAGCUCCUCUGAGGUGGACGAACUCAUCCACAAGGCAGACGAGGUCACGCUGAGCGAAGCGGGGUCCGCGGCAGGGCCAGUGGAGCCCCGGGGACCACCGUCGGAGGAGGCCAUCCGGACCACGCCCUCUAGGCGGGAGAUCACGGGAGUUCAGGCCCAGCCGGGAGAGGCCAUGCCGGGCAUCCAGCCCGGCCAGGAGCCCCCAGUCACCAUGAUCUUCAUGGGUUACCAGAGCGUGGAGGAUGAGGCCGAGACCCAGAAGGUGCUGGGCUUGCAGGACACCGUCACCGCGGAGCUGGUGGUCAUCGAAGACGCAGCCGAGCCCAAGGAGCCUGCCCCGCCCAACGGCAGUGCGGCCGAGCCCCCCGCCACUGAGGGCUCCAGAGAGGAGAACCAGGUCGGGCCUGAGGCCCCCGCCAGUGACGCCCAGGACCUCGACAUGAAGAAGCAGCGCUGUAAAUGCUGCUCCAUCAUGUGAACCGCCCGGCCCCCCAGACCCCGGCCCUGCCUCUGCACCGGACACCCACAGCCUGGCCCUCACAGCGCCCGCCCGCCCUCCACCCGCAGUCAUGGGCCCAGGACGCGCUGUGUCGUCACGUGUUCCUCCUGAGUUGUCUUUCACUGGAAAGAGAGGGUCAGGGGUCCCCCGUCCCGUCACCACACCCCACACCCCUAAACCACUGAGCCGUGCACCCAUGCCUGGUAGGAGAAACACGGACGUUCCCGCUUCUCCCUGCACGAGGGCGCCUCACGUGGCGGCAGCUCCACAAGGUGGCUCUAACCCACAGCGGUCCUGGCCGAUGUGACCCGCGGCCUCCACACAGCCCCAGGCCAAGCUGCCACCUCUGGGCCUCCUGCCUGUGCCUUCCUGCCACCUCCAAUGAGGUCCCUGAGGGGACACCCUGCCAGAGAGGGACCUGGGGAGCCAGGGGUUCCGGGGGACUGCUCUGUCCCCACUCAGCCUCUGAAAGUGGAGGCCGAGGCACUGGGUCUGGAUCUUGGGCAGUCGGGGUGAGGCUGUGCCUCUCUAGGGAGACCAGGCUCGAAGUCUUAGAAUGGAGCACGGGCCCCUCGGGACACCCCCAGCCUCAUGUGCCCCUCCCCCCACACACUCUUUGGCGCAGCCAGCAGAUGAUGGAACCUGGGAAGGGGAGCCCUGGGGAUACGCCUCCCAUUUGGGAAGGGUGUGACCCCUGUGUCGUCUUCUGGCCAGGCCAGGCCAGGGGUCUUUGAGCUGCCUCCUGUACAAGGCAGGGCCACGUGAGCCCUUUCUUGUCCUGAGCUCCCAUCCCCACUGGGCCCUCCUUCCUCCUGGUGCUAAUUUGGGGACCUUGGGGGGGCUGCCCCCGGCCCCUUCUCCAGCCUGCCUGGACCAGGAUCCUGGGUCUCCCCAACCAUAGCCCAGAGAUCAGGCCCACCGCCAGCUCUGCUGGGCUUGGCGCAUUCUGGGCAGUGGAGGGGGACUUAGCCCAGGGCAGGGAGCAUCCCCUGGUUUGCAGCUGGAGACCGCCAUUUGCUGCCCAGCCUGAUGUGCGCCUGCCCCCCUCACUGGAAGGGGUGAGGGGCAAGGGGCUCCCCUCCUGGGAGCAGCUGACACCCAGAGAUGUACACACAUCUCCCUGGUUGCAGCCACACUCGUCCCCAGAGGCACAUUCAUGCACGUGCUCACAGCCCCUCUCGUGUGGGCUGUGGACAAACAGGCCCCAUCACAGCCCCUCCCCCAGGAGACUGCAGCCCGGUGCCCAGGGCACAGGCUGCUCCUGCCUCAGGAGGGUGGGUGCAGGGGCUGCCCUGGACCACAGCCUGGGUCCCCAUCUCAGCUCUGCCCCUGGUGGCUGGGAGGAGAGACCCUCUCUGAGGCGACCCUGGGCAGUGGCCGUGGAAUACCCCCCCUACUCGAGUCCACCCGAGUCCUCGAGCUGUGAGCCUCCGCUGAAGUGCCCUUGCCACCCCUCUGCUUUCGAUGUGUGAUGAGGCCCCGAUGUUCUUGACUUUCCCAGAGAAGCAAAUAAACAGUGUGAACAGCCCCA